AUGGACGCUCUCGAGCUGGAGUCGGCCAAGCAGAGCCCGGCCAUUGAGACGGCCAAGGAUCUUUUCUCUGGUGCUGUUGGAGGAAUCGCGCAGGUCUUGAUUGGCCAACCCUUUGACAUUGUCAAGGUCCGACUGCAAACUACAACACAAUACUCUUCUGCUAUCAACGCCGCCACCACAAUCUACAAGAACGAGGGUGCCCUCGCCUUUUACAAGGGAACGCUUACACCACUCAUCGGCAUCGGAGCCUGUGUUUCCGUCCAAUUCGGUGCCUUCAACGCCGCGAAGCGCUGGUUCCAGACUCGCAACAACGGAGCCGAACUGUCUUAUCCUCAAUACGGUGGCGCGGGUGCCUUUGCUGGUGUCUCCAACUCGGUCCUCUCAGGUCCCAUCGAGCAUAUCCGUAUCCGCCUUCAGAGCCAGCCCCACGGCGCCGGUCGUCUAUACGAUGGCCCUGGUGACUGCAUUCGUAAACUCGGAGCUCACAAUGGUGUCCUGAGUGGCAUCUACCGCGGUCAGGCUGUCACCAUCUGGCGAGAGGCUUUCGCCUACGGUUCCUGGUUCACUGCCUUUGAGUACAUGAUGAACUCCGACGCUGCCCGCAACAAGAUCGACCGCAAGGAUAUCCCCGCUUACAAGAUUGCUCUUUACGGUGGUCUUGCCGGUGAAGUUCUCUGGCUUUCCAGCUACCCCUUCGAUGUUAUCAAGAGCAAGAUGCAGACCGACGGUUUCGGUGCCAACCAAAAAUACGCCACCAUGCGAGAUUGCUUUUCAAAGACUUGGCGAGCUGAGGGAGCGGCUGGUUUCUGGAAGGGAAUUGGACCUACGCUGGCACGAGCUAUGCCUGUGAGCGCGGGAACUUUCAUUGUUGUCGAGAUGACUAUGCGAGCUCUCAACAGCUAA